GAUGAUGAUGAUGACAUGCCUGACAGACGCUGCCGUUUGUGGUGCUCCGGUCGCUCCGGCUCGCUUCGUGUCAAGCAGCCGGAUUUGCGUGUGUGCAGUACUUGCUUUCGUGGGACAUCUUCGGCGGGUCAAGAGCUUGAUUUCAACUGUGCGCGUGUCGCCUACGCGCUGCGUUGGCAGGUAAGCGCAAGAGCAUCUUCGAAGUUGCCUACUGUUUCCGUGCGCGAACAAGUACUUGUCGUCUCCACGAAACUUUGUCCACACGAACCGGCGAUGACUAAGUUGAUGCAGUGGUUGCUAGGGCUGUCCAUAUUCAUGGCAAUAUGGGCUGCACUUCUUUCGCAGAGGUUAGGCGCUGCGGAGACCCACGUUUGGCUGCUUCCAGUGUACGCCUGCAUUGUGUUUGGGGUGUAUGCUGCUUCAGUUGUCAUCUACAGAGUCCUUACAUUCAACAACUGUGAAGCAGCAGCAGCAGAGCUCAAAAAGCAAAUCGUGGAAGCCAGGGAGGACCUCAAGAAACGGGGCUACAAAUUUGAUUGAAGUGUAUAUUUUGAUAUUGAAACCUAAGAAGCAUGAACUUCAGCCAACUGAUGCCAUUCCACUCAUCAGUUGUGCUUCCCAGAGUUUCUACUGAUAAAUGUUGUCACUAAUGUCACUGCAUUGUGGGUAUCUGUGCAAAAUAAAAAGCUUGAUUUUUUUAAA